UCAUCACAUCUAAGUCUCCAAAUUUCAAAUUCCAAGGCAGUUCAAUUCACACGUUUGCGUUCUUGGCGUCUCGUGUCAUAACCUAAGUAGUAGUGAUCUAUUACUUGAAAUCCGAUAGUAAUCGAUGAAUGAAACGCAGAUGACAAGUUUGAAUAUUCCCUUAUAAAUAAGUGUAACAAAAUGCAUUGGACGUUGGGCGCAUUGAUAAUUGGAUCGUUCGGAUGUAAAUAUAUCCAUGCUCAGGCGCAAAGAGUCGCGCCGGGUGUACCGCCUCAGCAUUAUCAGCAGCCUGUUCAUCACGUACCGCAACAACAUGUGCAACAAAUUCCACAACAGCAACAAUACCAACAAGUACCAAUGCAACAACAAGUGCCUGUUCAGCAAAUGCCAGUGCAACAACAGGUUCCUGUUCAGCAAGUUCCGAUACAACAACAGGUCCCUGUUCAGCAAGUACCGAUGCAACAACAGGUCCCUGUUCAGCAAGUACCGAUGCAACAAGUACCAAUUCAACAGCAACCUCAGGUUCAACAAGGACAUGGACAUGCACAUGGUCAUGGACAAUCUCAAGUACUCAAUACUGCCAACAUAGCUCAUGAAAAAGAACAUAUUGCAGAGCAUGCCGACGUUCCACUAGAUACCAGCAAGAUGACAGAGCAGGAGUUGCAGUUUCACUAUUUUAAAAUGCAUGAUGCAGAUAACAAUAAUAGAUUAGACGGUUGUGAGCUCAUCAAAUCUCUUAUACAUUGGCAUGAACAAGAUAGUGCAGGAGGUACGCAAGAAAAUAAGUUAUUCAGUGAUGAGGAAUUGGUACAAUUGAUAGAUCCGAUACUUAGCAUGGAUGAUUCUAACAACGAUGGCUACAUUGACUAUCCUGAAUUUAUACAGGCUCAACAAAACGCAGCAGCAGUUAAUCCGCGUCCAUAAAUGGUGAAUCUCUCAUAACUUGGUAUAAACUUUAAUUAAACAAAUUAAAAAAACAAAUUGUAUAAAAAUUGUCUAUGGAAGAAAUCUUUAUUAUCAUUAUGGAUGUUUCUUCAAAUACAAUAUUGAUAUUGUGUUGUUUAUACAAUAAGCCGAGAUUUAUUAUUUGUAUGAUUUAUUUUUCAUCGAUCUAAUCAGUAUAUGCAAUAUAAAGGAAGAGAAGAGUGUAAUAUCUUAUGAAAUAUCAUAAUUAAAAAAUAAUUUAGAGAUAUGGAA